UCAGUCGCCCUCCUCUGGUCACUUUAGGUAUUGUAGCGAACAUGAUCUUGCACUGACGUUCAUUGUCAUGAUGUCGAGAAGAGAUUUUGUCGAUGGUCGACGUGCACUCCCCGAGGCACCCCACCGCCCAUUUUGCCUCACACAGCAGCAUGUUGGGCAGAAGAAACGCUGAACUGUGAGUGAGAAGGGUUGGACAAAUAAAUUCAGCCAGUUUUCGCUCAACUACAAUAAACAAAGACACAAGUUAAUUUCACCAAUGACAAUUACAAGAUGAAUGCCCGGUUAGAAGGCGUUCUGUACACUUUGUUGAUCAUGAAUUCUUUAGUCCUCUUUUUAUGCCUUAUUGUGCACAAAUGGGUGAGCACUCUAAAAUGUGUUGUAUGCAACAAUGACGAAAGCUAUUCCUUCGUGUUGCGACCAGUCCAUGGGGGUAACUACCCUGUUGCCCUUUUUUCAGGUGAGUGAGUAGUUUUUAAGAAACUUUUUUAAUGAAAAAGAUGCUUUUGUGAGUACUUUUCUAGGUGAGGAGUGUUUCUAAGAAAACCCGCUAUUUUUUCCCGUCUUUUUCGAGAAGACUGCGCGCGGGCACGAGCGGCUGCCUGCCAUCUUCAUGGGAAGCACGACACCCCGCCUCCGUCCGUCCAUCCGGGCCCGCUCAACUGUCGUCUGCCGACCUCCCCGCGGUGCUCCCCUUCGUCGUCCUAUUUGCAAGAGCUCCAGUCAUGGAGGACUAGUCCGCAUCCGGAUCAUCGGGAGAGGCGCGUCGUCCCGCCCCACGCCGACGGAAGGAACACACCCUUUGACGGGCUGGGUGUCCAUGGAAUGGUCGGGUCUCGGGCUGCGGUGGCCCCCUCUGAAGUCAUGAGGACGUCGCGGUGCCGAAGCGUCACCCCGUCGGAGGUGAUAAUGGUGAAGGCACGCAGCCGGGAGGCGCUCUGUAGUCUCCCCGUUCCCUGGCUUCUCAUCUGAUCGCCUCUCAUCCUCCAUUUCCUGGGUUCUCUAUUCUUCUCUAUGCUCAUCAUGACGACUGUCCUGGAACCACUGCAGGCUCGCCCUGAACUGGAGCUGAAACCCUGGCUACUGAACGGAUGCGCAGACUCGGCCGGCCGCUACAAGGUGGUUCCCUCCGUAGUGUGCUCCAUGUGCUGCCUCUUUGGUGUAAUUUAUUGCUUCUUCGGCUAUCGCUGCUUCAAGGCGGUGAUGUUCCUGACAGGCCUGAUGUUCGGCUCCGUCGUCAUCUUCAUGCUCUGCUACAAGGAGCGCGUGCUGGACACCCAGCUGAGUGUGGAGGCCUCGGCGGGCAUCGGCCUGGGCAUUGGCACGCUGUGCGGCCUGGUUACCAUGCUGGUUCGCAGCGUGGGCCUCUUCAUGGUGGGUUUGCUGCUCGGCCUGCUGGUGGCCGUCGCUACCCUGGUGGGAAUGGAGGAGCUUUCCCACAGCCCGCCACGCUCUGUCUGGGUGCCUCUGGGCGUGCUGCUUGGCCUGGGCAUGCUCUUUGCCGUGCUCACCCUCCAGUGGCAACGCAUCUUCACCACGCUGUCCACCGCUGUUUUCGGCGCGGCCGUCAUCACCGUAGCGCUGGACUACUUCGUGGAGCUCUUUGCGCUCGUACUGUACAUGUACGAGCGGAUGAAAGCCGUGCCUGGGAAGCCGGUUUGCUGGCUUACGUGGGUGGUGCUGGGGGUGUGGCCUGCCCUCACUCUCUUGGGCGUGGUGGUCCAGUGGAAGGUGACUGCUGAGGGCUAUUCGCAUACCAAGGUCAUCAUCAGUCGUCAGCAGAGGAGGAUGCAGGUGAUGCGUAUUCGACAACGGGACGACCGCUACUGUCACAAGAAGAAAAAGAAGAAGCAUCUGGGGUCCUCCUCCAACCAAAACCAAGCCAAGCAACUCUACCAGGACCACGCCUAUCGCCGCAAGCCCAAUCCCAUUCGGCGCUAUGACACCGACGUCCUUUCACCAAGCUAUAUCCAGAAUUUCCGGGACCGGCAAGUACAGGCUCAGCCUUUCCCAGGACAGCUGCUCGGUGGGCCGCACGCUGCAGUGGACCUGGGCUACGACUCUGGCUCGACGGCGCCCUUCACUGGGGCCACGGGACCUUUACUACGAGCCUGACGCAUCACCUGGACCCAGUCAAGACACGCAUUUGCAGUACUUGCACCUGUGUGUGUGCUAUGUGUGCACACCUGUGUUAUUUGUGUCCAUGCAUCACUCACUGCACACUUUCCCUCUAACACACACACAUGCACACACACACAUGUACACACAUGCACACACACACACACAGAAACUAUUAUGUGAUGGGUCGACAUCUGUUUCAGCGCCUCAGGGUCAGAGAUCAGAAUGCAGACACACCUCAGGCACAGGCAUCCUCACAACAGACAACAGGCGAUCCUCGGUCUGCAGGCCCAUAGUGCCAACUGGGUUCCAUUUGCCACCUUUCAAAUGGGGUUUUGCCCCCCUUGGUGCUGGACCAUUUUGUCUUCAAGUUGAUUUUACUGUAACGGGUGCCUUGCUCCUCCUGUGACUAAGGAGGGGUGUGCUGCCGCUUUUUGGGUGCACAUACAGGGUCACAUUUGCUCCAGGGCUUGGCUUGUUCUCUUCACCAUGCCUGAACCUGUGACGAGCAUGCAUGUUCAGCCGACGACAGUGCUAGAAAGAAAGCCAUAUGGAUAGUGGCACCCUGCCACAACUCUCCCAGCAUGCGCUUUGGAAGCGUUGGGUGUUUUGUUGCAGCUUGCAUUCAGUGCCACCUUGUCACACUCCCUUCAGAACCCCAAAGAUCAUUUCGACUGCCACAUGGUCGAGCUCAUUAUUGUGCCAAGGCACUUAUUUUAUAUCAGAAAAAAUAUGACAGCACAACACCAAACAGAAAUGUCACCAAAAGUACUGUUCAGUAAACCCCCCUCCUUCGCCGGUUCCAGCUUCCAGGUCCCGCAGUUUCCCGGAUAUCUUUGUACAGUUAAUAACAAUAUACUGUAUGAUAUUUGGGUCUAACUCUCGUUAGUUGACCACAAGAUAGCUGUAAAUUUAUUUUGAAUGAGACCGUGUACAUUUGAAAGAAGAAGAAUGAAACAAAGUGCUGUAUUUCACCACAGUCCAGAUUGUGUUGAAAAUUACACCCAUGAACACAUUUUUUACAAUUUGUUUGUCAUAUAGGCAAGUAAUCUGUUCUGAAUUAUUUUUUUUUCCCACUGAUUCCAAAUAAAAACAUUUAAGUGUUUCAAAAACCCGACGAGCUAGGAAAAAAGGAAAGGCAUUUUUAAAAAUCAGCGUUUAAAAAAAAAGAUUUGGAACACAAAGCCAUCUCUGAUUCAAAUUUGCUGUUGACCAGUCUUACUGAAGGUCAAUCUCCUUCAACCGUGAUUUUUAUGCCUGCAGAAAAUGAUGGCUAUUGGUUAAUUUCAUAAUGUACAGCUUUGGGCAUGAUUAUUGACUUACAUUGUGAGAUGAUAAGUUUGCUUGGAAAAAAAACUUUUAAAAAAUCAACUCGCCCCCACAUUUUUUAAACCUCAUGAAGUACAUACUGUGUUUGCAUCUGUUUACUGUAAACAUAUUGAGGGAUUGGUACGCUGUACAAUAUUUUUGUGUUAUCCAUUGCUCUUGCUCUCUCUCAAUACAUUGUAUGUGAUUAAACGUGUUUAUAUUAUUUUAAGUAUGUUUAAAGAACUUUAAAAAUUCAAGUGCCAUAAAUGCUAUAAAAAAAUCUACCCUCGAGAGUAUUUAAUUCGGGUAUUUCUAUAUCACGGGUUUCGCAAUUUUUGUGGGGAUUGCGGAACGUAACACCCGCGAUGGAGUGGGGAUUACUGUAUCUAUACUAAACUCAUGACGAUCUCAUCAAAAUUUACCGUGUGUGAAAUGUGGUCCUGUUUAGUUAAUUACAAAGCAUUCUGUUGUCUGAAUGGCUGCAGGUGUCAACACAGGUUAGAUUGAUCUUCCAACAUUUAGUAGAAGAGCAUGUCAUUGUUCUGCCUGUCACUGUAUCGCUUCUGUUGUUGUCUGACAAAGCAGCCUGGUAACAUCAGUAACCAUCGGAGAGGCAGAUAACGGUGUGAAGAUCUCCUUCAUGGAAUCAUUUCUUUAAAAAAGGGGGUGGGGGGAGGAGACAGAGGGAGAAUGAGUCUUGAUCUUUGUAAAAGCAAGGAAUGAAUGUACAAGGUUUUCAUGACCUCGAACACACACACACGCAUGCACACACGCACGCACACACACACGCACACACCUGUAACAGUGGCUUCCUUUAGACUCCAAAAAACCUACAAAGUCCUCUGGCUGCACACAAGUCAACUUUCACCAACAUUUUGUUUUCUUGGAAACACACAUCCAUGUAUGUGUUGCUCACAUGUUCUGACGCCACCUUGCCCCUGCCCACACACCCACUUUAAUCUCCUCAAUCUGUCUAAUCUUGAUAACAUGUUCUCUAACCUGUCUGUAUAUGUAGAAAUAUGUAGAUAAAAAUCAUUGGUAUAUGCACAAACACAUUGAUAAUAAAUUCUGGUGAUAUGGAUCACAUCCCUUGACUGUU